AUGGUAUCCGGGCCGUCUUACAAGCGUAUCGGCACGAACGGCGAUGGCUUGCUGUUCAAAUAUAAGCUUGCCAAAGCACUCACGAUCGUCAGUCUAAUUGCCGUAAUCUUGAUGGCCAUUGGUUCGCUCGUGUAUCCCCGUAGGGUUUUUUUUUCUCGCUUAUCAUUUAUCGGUGAUGAUGCUACUACUACUACAGAAGAUGACAAUAACACCGCACCUGACGUUUGCAUUCUUCCCGAUGAACUUUAUAUCAACCCGUCUGAAGAUGGAACGUAUACGCCACCGGGUCCCGAUACCAGCUUGCUCAAUGCUAUCCAACAGGCAUCUGCCGAGGAUAUCGAUUCGUAUUGCAGAAACGUAUUCGAACCAGAAUAUGGCUUCAACCCCGCAACGCCAUACAAUGAAAAGGGCGAAUGCGGUACCUGGCAAGAAGAAUACACUGCUCUGCACCAACGCCGUUUACAGCAGAUGGAGCUGAUCCGAAACGGUCAAGGCGGUGAUCUUGAAGAAGAGCCGUUGUUUGUUUCGUAUCUUUGCAAGGAAGUGCCUGUCAAUGGCAACCGCGGUUGCGGCGGAACGGCAGACCGGAUGAGCGGCAUGAUCUCGACCUUCUUUUAUGGCUUGCUAACCGACCGUGCUUAUCUGGCUCACUGGGCCGACGCCAACCCGAUUCCGCUGGAGACUUUGUUCGAGAAGCCUCACAUUGAUUGGAGCUACAAGCCGGAAGAGAUGAAGGGAUUGUUCGAUAACAAGGAGCUAGGAUUCACGUAUCAGCAGGUGGACACGCUAAACCAAAAAUACCCGGUGCUUGGCAACACGCUCUUUCCUGAUGGUCCUUUGCAGAACUUUGAUGACUUGUGGAAUGGAACGUUUGUGGAAAUCCGCUCCAACCGUGGGUACAUUAUCCGCACCUUUAAGCAGUCUGCCGUAUAUCCAAAAGUCUUGGCCAAGAUGGGCCUGACUAAACAAAAUACAUUCGGAUGUCUGACCGACUACCUGUUCCGCCCCACCGUUGGCUCGCGUCGCUUCAUCAACGCCUACCGCCAUCUGUUUGACAUGAAGAGCGUGCUCAGCAUUGGCAUGCAGAUCCGUACAGAUGACAACGCCUUGGCCAAUCCUCAAUUUGACAAGAACGACCUUGACAAGUGGGAUUACUUUCUGACGUGUGCAAACCAAUUGGCCGAUGCCAAGCGCAAGCCUCACCACAAGCACGUGGUAUACUUUAUGAUCACCGAUUCGCUCAAGCUGCGCGACGAGUUCAAGUCACUGAACGAAGAUCCUCAAAAGGCCAAAAAAUACCUGGGUGCCAACCACAAGACGACGUCGACGAUCGUCACUGGCUUGCAGGUCGACCACAUUGAGCCGGAUCAGGUUGAAAAGUACAUUCACGUUGAGAACCCGGUCGACGUGACGAUCGAACGGAUGACGCCCGGAACAAACAGUGCCAUUAUCGAGAACUGGUUGCUUGGUUAUGCCGACUAUCGGAUCAUCAGUCCCCAGGGUUACGGCAAACUCGCCGCUUUCCACUCUAAAUCAGAUGACUCGACGAUCUCGUUGCCAAGAGCUGACCGCAAAGAUAAGGCGCCGUUCUGUGGAAGCGAUGAUGCACUGACGACGUACGACUGGCUGGCCACUCAAUGGAGCUUGGGCUAACCCAUUCCCAUUUUGCUAUUCAUUCACCUCCAUAUCACUCACUCACUCAAUCACUCAUUUACUCACCCACACGCCGACCAUAUGUAACAAGCACAGCACAGCACAGCACACUAUACAUACUCCCGCAUUUUUUUUUCGCUUACCCCGUUUGUACUACCACCUCACAUAUUAUACACACACAUCCAUUCUUCUUUGUUUGUCUAGCAGACGCUCUUAUUCUUCAUAUCUUUCAUCAUAGAACUCUCCUUGUGAAUACUUUUUUUUCCUCUCUCUCUCUCUCUCUUUCCUCUCCUCAGAUUUACAUGAAGGCUACAUGUGUAAUAAAAAUAAUUAAAUGACGUAUUUCUUCUAUAUCAUAAAAAUGUGCUUUAUUUCUUGGAAUGGGGUUUCACAAACUUUAUAAUAAGCACAUGUAUUGGAGUAUAUACUCUAUUCCCAAUUAGCGCAUCUUGUUGACGGCUUUCCAAAUAUGUAAAUCUGG